ACACUCAUCUCCUUCUUCACUUCCUCCAUCCCACUCCCACUUUCCAAACAAUGGAUACAGUUACAGUCAAAUGGUGGCUUUGUCUUUACCUAUCAACAUACCUCACACUCAGCCUUGUUGUUUCUUCAUCCAUAAACAGCAAGAAGACUUAUAUUGUCCAUGUAGACACCUCGGCUAUUCCGGCAUACUACACCGAUCAUUUCGACUGGUAUUCAUCGCUCGUUAAAUCAGUAGCAGUUUCAAUUAAUGAACAAGAGGAAGAAGAGCAGAGGCUUAUUUACACGUACCAAUCGGCUUUUCAUGGAAUGGCGGCACGGUUAACCGAAGAGGAAGCCGAGAGACUAGAGGGACAAAACGGUGUUGUGGGUGUACUUCCUGAGGUGAAAUAUGAGCUGCAUACGACAAGAAGUCCUAUGUUUCUAGGACUUGAGACACAGGAUGUUACGAGUGUCUGGUCUGAUAAGUUAACAGACCAUGAUGUCGUUGUCGGUGUGCUGGAUACUGGAAUCUGGCCGGAGAGUCCGAGCUUUAACGACACUGGAUUCACUACGGUCCCAGCCCACUGGAAAGGCGCGUGUGAAGUCGGUCGAGGUUUCCAAAAGCAUCAUUGUAAUAAGAAGAUAGUCGGUGCGAGAGCGUUUUACCGCGGGUAUGAAGCGGCUACCGGGAAGAUUAACGAGGAGAAAGAGUAUAAAUCUCCGAGAGAUCAAGACGGACACGGAACUCACACGGCAGCUACCGCAGCAGGUUCGCCCGUGCAUGGGGCGAAUCUGUUGGGAUACGCUUACGGUACGGCCCGUGGAAUGUCUCCUGGUGCGAGAAUUGCAGCGUAUAAAGUGUGUUGGGCCGGUGGUUGUUUUAGCUCGGAUAUUCUGUCUGCGGUUGAUAAGGCGGUGGCGGAUGGCGUGAAUGUGAUGUCGAUUUCUUUAGGUGGUGGAGUUUCGUCGUACAAUCGUGAUAGUUUGUCGAUCGCGGCUUUUGGAGCGAUGGAAAAAGGGAUUCUUAUAUCGUGCUCUGCGGGGAACGGUGGGCCCGACCCGAUUAGUUUGACGAAUGUUUCUCCGUGGAUUGUUACGGUCGGAGCAAGCACCAUGGACCGAGAUUUCCCGGGUUCGGUGAAGUUGGGCUCCGGGGCGACACUGAAAGGAGUUUCUCUUUAUAAAGGGAGAAGGAAUCUAUCGCCGAAUGUAAUGUAUCCUCUCGUUUAUACCGGAAGUAAUACGAGUAGCCCGGAUCCCGGAUCGCUUUGUUUGGAAGGGACAUUAGACCCACAUGUGGUUGCGGGGAAGAUCGUGAUAUGCGACCGUGGUAUAAGUCCACGGGUUCAGAAAGGUCAAGUGGUGAAAGAAGCAGGCGGUAUCGGCAUGAUUUUGUCGAACACCGCGGCUAACGGAGAGGAGCUUGUGGCGGACUGCCACCUUAUUCCGGCGGUAGCGGUCGGGGAAAAGGAGGGAAAGGCGAUCAAACAGUAUGCUAUUAGAGAUCCACACCCCACCGGGAAUCUUGCGUUUUACGGAACUAAACUCGGUAUUAAACCGUCUCCAGUGGUGGCCGCUUUUUCAUCUCGAGGACCUAAUUUUAUCUCCUUAGAGAUUCUGAAACCGGAUCUGGUGGCUCCAGGAGUUAACAUACUUGCGGCUUGGAGCGGGGACAUCGGUCCAUCGAGCCUCGAGGCGGAUAAACGCAGGGUUGGAUUCAAUAUCCUUUCGGGAACUUCAAUGUCGUGUCCUCAUGUGAGUGGAGUUGCCGCAUUACUCAAAGCACGGCAUCCCGAAUGGAGUCCCGCAGCUAUAAAAUCCGCUUUGAUGACGACAGCGUACAUCCACGACAAUACCUAUAAACCGCUACAAGACUCUUCCACUGGCGGUCCGUCCAGCCCGUAUGACCACGGUGCAGGUCACAUUAACCCCGUUAAAGCGAUUGACCCUGGUUUGAUUUACGAUAUUGGAGCACAGGAUUACUUUGACUUUUUGUGCACGCAGGGUUUGACGCGCACUCAGCUUGUGGUUUUCGCCAAAUUCUCCAAUAGAACCUGCCAGCAUUCGCUUUCCGGACCUAGCGAUUUGAACUACCCGGCUCUCUCAGCUGUGUUUCCCGAAGACAAAAGGGUUUCUACCGUGACGAUUCGCAGAACAGUCACUAAUGUCGGAUCUCCAACCUCGAAGUACCAUGUUGCGAUUUCACAGUUCAAAGGCGUGGACGUGAAAGUGGAACCGUCAGUCCUUAGUUUCACCAAGAAAUACCAGAAACUGUCGUACAAGGUUACGUUCACGACGAAGACUAGACAAACAGCACCGGAGUCUGGAGCGCUGAUAUGGAAAGAUGGUGUGCACAGAGUAAGAAGCCCGGUUGUAAUAACAUGGCUGUCACCGCUGUAAAACAAGAUUUUAGAGAAAACUAGAAUAAAAUAGCAGUUUUAAGUAUCGGAUUCGUUCUUAAAUCAUGUAAUCCUCUUUUUUUUUUUUUUGAUUUUGUAUCAACUGUUUGGCAACUAUAUUAUCCUAGUGUUUUAUCUUCACAAGAGAUUUAAAAAAAA